UUGCGGGGGCUGGACUUCCGGCGUCCGGGGUCUGUCACUUUGCAGCGGGGCGCGGGGCCACACCGGUGUUGGGGACCCGAGCGCGGCGGGCCCGGGCGGGGUUCCAGGAGGGGUGGAGACCCGAGGUGAGGGCUGUGAUCGAGGGCACGAGCGGAGAGGCGCUGGGCGCACGGCGUGGGCGCGGGCGGCCAUCGCGCCCCCCGAACCUCGGUUUCUCCGGGUAUAGCCUGGGCCGCCCCGCGGGGCUGUGGGGCGGUGGCCCGCGUCACAUGUUCUCCGACCCCGGGGCGGCAGGGGAGGCGGCGUCCUGGGCUCCGGGGCGUCUGUGCCCUGGACGGACGGGGGAGACUGAGGCCCGGAACCGGGACGUUCGCGUUGUCCGUCGCUUUCUGCGCGUCCCCAAGUGCAGGCUCUGAUGGCGACCGCGGCGCUGACAGACCCGGCGCAGGGCCUGAUGGCCUUUGAGGAUGUGGCCGUGUACUUCUCCCAGGAGGAGUGGGAGCUUCUGGAUGCAGCCCAGAAGGCCUUGUACUGCCACGUGAUGCUAGAGAACUUCGCACUUGUGGCCUCACUGGGACUCUCUGCCUCACGACCACGGGUGGUCAUUCAGCUUGAGCGUGGCGAGGAGCCCUGGGUUCUCAGUGGGACAGUUGUGACACCAGUCAGGAAUGCUCCUAGGAAGCCCAGCCCUGGUUCCCGUCAUCUGGCAUACGACAGGGUUGUUCCAGCAGAAGCAGAGCUGCCAGGGUCCUUCCAUGAUGGCUCCCCUUCAGCAUCUACAAGGGUCCUCCCCUUCACUGGCAUCUGUGAGCACGGGAAGAGCCUGGAGGGCUGGCAGGGCACUUCCCCCUCUCAGGAGAAAAAACCCACAGGGGUGUCUGUAAUCUAUUGGGAACAGCUCCUGCUAGGUCCUGGCAGUGGGGAGGCCAGUGUCAGUCUGCGCCUGACCUCCCCACUGAGGCCAGCUGAGGACUGCCCACCUAAGGAGAAGGCCCUUGUGACCCGCCCCAUGCCAGGCAAGCAGCUAAGGGCAUGUGGGCGGGAGGCAUCUCGGAGAGGUUUCUCCAAAAUUCCAGAAUUUGAGGCUGGUCUCACCUCUGGGGAAGGAGGAAAGAGUCCCGCUGGCCACAAGUCUCAUGGACACCCUGCUGCCCAGGAGCCCUCAGCCUGGGAUCAGCUGGGCAAGGCCCUCCACAUGGGCCCUGGCCUCCUCCCUGGGGAGAAGCCUUUCGAAUGCAGGGCGUGCAACAAGGUGUUCGUGAAGAGCUCCGACCUGCUCAAGCACCUGCGCACACACACCGGUGAGCGGCCCUACGAGUGUGCGCAGUGCGGCAAGGCCUUCAGCCAGACCUCACACCUGACGCAGCACCAGCGCAUCCACAGUGGGGAGACGCCAUAUGCGUGCCCGGCCUGCGGCAAGGCCUUCCGGCACAGCUCCUCGCUGGUGAGGCACCAGCGCAUACACACCGCCGAGAAGUCUUUUCGCUGCGGCGAGUGUGGCAAGGCCUUCAGCCAUGGCUCCAACCUCAGCCAGCACCGCAAGAUCCACGCAGGUGGGCGGCCGUACGCAUGCGCCCAGUGUGGCCGCCGUUUCUGCCGCAACUCACACCUGAUUCAGCAUGAGCGCACGCACACGGGGGAGAAGCCUUACACCUGUGCCCUUUGUGGGGCCGCCUUCAGCCAGGGUUCUUCUCUCUUCAAGCACCAGCGUGUGCACACGGGCGAGAAGCCCUUCGCCUGUGCACAGUGCGGCCGCGCCUUCAGUCAUAGCUCUAACCUCACGCAGCAUCAGCUGCUGCACACGGGCGAGCGGCCCUUCCGCUGCGGGGACUGCGGGAAGGCUUUCGCCAAGGGCGCAGUGUUGCUCAGCCACCGACGCAUCCACACGGGCGAGAAGCCCUUCGUGUGCUCGCACUGUGGCCGCGCCUUCCGCGAACGCCCGGCCCUCUUCCACCACCAGAGGAUCCACACAGGAGAGAAACCUGUGCGAAGACCCCGGCAUGGGGCAGGCCUCUGCCCUCAGGCCAGGCCUUCUUCGGUGGCCUCAUCAGAGGGCUCACUGGGGAGGGAAGCGGGGCCUACUCCUGCCUCCCGUCUAGCCACAGUCUCAAAGCCUGCUGAAGCCUGAGUUCACAGCUCCAGCCUUCCCUGGCUUGUCGUAACACAGCUGUGUUCCCUCCGUAUCCACAUUUUGGAGGAGACCCGUAUGUGCACUGUGGUUCCGUCUGCACGUGUGAUGAUGUUUGCCAUUUCAGCCACGGCUCACUCCAGCUGCAGAAAUAUCUGGGGGAUCGUUCCCCCAUUCCGAUGCUGAGACUUCAGUAGUGCAGAGACUUGGGAGUCAGUGCUGUUUCAUGCCCAUUAUGACUGUGGGUGCUCAGGUGAGGCGGGGGAGAGCUGGAAUGCUGAGGAAGCAGCCCUCGACAUUUCCCCUGCCCAUGCACAAACUGGCCACCAGGCCAACCCUCAGGAUAGUCCUCCAAGGUCUCCUUCCUCCAGAUCUCCUGGAAGUAGACUCAGUGGACAGGAGCUCAUGUGGGGGUCUGGGGUUGACCUUGGGUCUAGGUCCUAUCUUCCACCUCUGGGACAAAGAGGUGAGAGAGAGAGAGAGUCAGGCCUACAGAAGCUAUUUGCAGCAUCCUGAAGGCAGGAUCUUGAUUAGUGCCAACGUGUGCCAGUUGCCAGGCCUGUGAGGCUACACUCACAGUACUUGUACUACACUGAGUAGUACCUGCCAGGCUACUGUGGCUGGUAUCCCCACCUUACAGAUGAGGAAAUUGAGGCAGAGAGAGGGGAUGAGUUGUACACAGCAGAGCCAGCACUUGAAUCCGGGCCACAGGCCCAGUAUCCACACAUCUCACCACUCUGCCCCCAUGCUCUGGCACCCGUGCUCUGGUCUGUUGGUGUGAGAGCUGGGUGAUGUCAGGCCUGGUUGCAUGCACAUGGCAGUCUCCCAGUGGGUGGGGCAAGUAGAGGUUGCAGUCCCCUGGGUGGGCAGAGGAAGACAGACAUCAAGGUGGUGGCUCUUGAGCCAUGUUCUUUUAUUCAGUUUCUCAUGGCAGCCUCAGCAAUGGCCAUGUCCCGUUGUCACCAAAGGCACCGCUACAGGACCCUGUGUGUCCCCAUUGCCCCGACAAGAGGUGAUUACAACAACAGGUUUGGAAGAGACCAGAUGGGACUACUUGUUUCUGCAGGGUCUGGUGGGCAAGUGCCCACCUGUUCACUUCCCUGAGUUUGAAAGAGGAUUUGCUGUCACCUAAGGCCAUGUGUGUGUGCACCCUCCCAUCCUGGGACACUGAGUUGGAUGGGUGGGGUGGGGCCCAGGUUUCUCCCUGUGGCCCUCAGCAGACCAGGGCCCAUCCUCACCUCAGUCCUCAAACCCAAGGGUGGUAGUGGUCUCUUUACUUGGGAACAAAAGAAGACCCAAAAUUGGAAGUUGAAUGGACGCACAUUGUGUAAAUCCUUGCAGGGCACUGUGAAAGUCUACAGCCUCAGCCUCCCCACCCAGCCUCCAGGUCCUGGGUCAGAGGGUUUAACAUCACAGUCCUGAGAGGCUUCCUGAUAAAAGUUUGUCAAACGUGUGCACGGUAA